AUGAAUUUCCAGUUCCAGGCUAACCCCGACUACCAGAUGAGCGGAGAUGACACCCAGCACAUCCAGCAGUUCUAUGAUCUCCUGACCGGCUCCAUGGAGAUCAUCCGAGGAUGGGCAGAAAAAAUUCCCGGCUUCACCGAUCUUCCCAAAACGGACCAGGACCUGCUCUUUGAGUCCGCUUUCCUGGAGCUCUUUGUGCUGCGGCUGGCGUACAGGUCAAACCCAGUGGAGGGCAAGCUUAUCUUCUGCAACGGGGUAGUCCUGCACCGGUUGCAGUGCGUCCGUGGCUUUGGGGAGUGGAUCGAUUCCAUUGUUGAAUUUUCCUCCAACUUGCAAAACAUGAACAUCGAUAUCUCUGCCUUCUCUUGCAUCGCUGCCCUGGCUAUGGUCACAGAGAGGCACGGGCUUAAAGAACCCAAGAGGGUGGAAGAACUUCAGAACAAGAUUGUGAAUUGUCUCAAAGACCAUGUGACAUUUAAUAAUGGGGGGCUGAAUCGCCCCAACUAUUUGUCCAAACUCUUGGGGAAGCUCCCCGAACUCCGCACGCUUUGCACGCAGGGGCUGCAGCGCAUUUUCUACCUGAAACUGGAAGAUUUGGUGCCACCGCCAGCAAUAAUCGACAAACUUUUUCUGGACACUUUACCUUUUUAAGACUCUUCCCGUGCACUUCUGCUGAACUGAAGAGAAGCUUCACCUGUCGGAAGGGGAUUUCGCCUGGGCCCAAAGCAACACCUCCGGGUGCCCGCUUCCCACCCCACCAGUGUUGCCACCCUCCUGCAGGCAGACCGCGAACGGGCAUUUUGGCUCUGGGACAUCAUGGAUGCAGAUCAUGGACUACAGAGAUACCAUGGUAUAAACUUUUUAUUAUCAGCUUAUAAAUGAAUUUAUUAUU